AUGUAUCGGACAGUAGGACUGGGCACAAAAACCCGAGGUUUGGAACCAUGGAUGAUUGUUCUUAUUGUUACAGUAGGACUAUUGAUUACAGGCGUAACUAUUGGUCUGCUGGUUCAUUUCUUGGUCUCUGAUCAGAAACUGGAGUAUUAUCAUGGCACCUUUAAGAUUUCAGGUGUACAGCUGAAUGCCAAUACUGAGCAAGACUAUGCAUAUCAUUACAAGGACUUACGUGAGAUGAGUGAAAUUUUGGUGGAUGAGACAUUUAUUGAUUCAAUCUUGAACAAACAUUAUAUCAAGAAUCGAGUAAUCAAACUGACGCCAGAAAUAGAUGGCAUGAGAGCGGAUGUUGUAAUGGUGUUUCAGUUUCCCUCCAAUGAGAAGAGAGAAACAAGGGAGAAAAAAAUUCAUAACAUUUUACAACAGAAAAUAAGAAACACAAGAGCUCUGAAAAUAAAUGCCUCAUCCCUCCAGCUCAAUGCUAUGAGCUCAAGAGCAGGCAAGCUAACUAUCCAAUCAUGUUGUGGCAAACGAGUGACUCCAACAAUAGUCAACAGAAUAAUUGGUGGAGAAAUUGCACCUAAAUCUGCCUGGCCAUGGCAAGCCAGUCUUCAGCAUGACAAUGUGCAUCAAUGUGGGGCCACUCUGAUUAGUAACACAUGGCUUGUUACUGCAGCUCACUGCUUUAAGAAUUAUCCCAGCCCACGUGGAUGGACUGUUAGCUUUGGUACAACUAUUAACCCUCCCUUAAUGAAAAGAAAUAUCAAAAGAAUCAUAGUUCAUGAAAGGUACCGGUCCCCGGCACGAGAAUAUGACAUCGCAGUAGUGCAGAUUUCUCCUCAAGUCACCUUUACUGAUGACAUUCGCCGUAUCUGUCUACCAGAAGCAUCUGAUUAUUUCCCACCUACUUCAACAGUCUAUAUCACAGGAUACGGAGCUCUUUCAUAUGGCGGGGACUCACAGAAUGAACUUCGACAAGCUGCAGUGGAAAUCAUAAGUGAUGACAUAUGCAAGCAGCCGCAUGUCUAUGGCAAAGAGAUAACAUACGGAAUGUUUUGUGCUGGUUUCUUGGAAGGAAUUUAUGAUGCCUGCAGGGGUGACUCUGGAGGACCCCUAGUAGUGAAAGAUUCUAAAGAUACUUGGUAUCUCCUUGGAAUUGUGAGCUGGGGUGAUAACUGUGGUCGUGUGAACAAGCCUGGAGUCUAUACCCAAAUAACUUAUUAUCGGAAGUGGAUUGCCUCAAAAACUGGUCUCUAA